AUGGGGUAUCUCUCAGGGAGGCUUCCAGAGUUAGUUCAUGCUUUGGCCAGAUUGUUCUCCAGUUACUCUUUGAGCAGUGGAAAGAGUUCUGUGUUGGAAAGUCUUGUGGGGAGGGAUCUGCUCCCACGAGGUACUGGAGUUGUCACCCGGAGACCCCUUAUUCUGCAGCUGGUGCAUGUUUCCCCAGAGGAUGGUCGGAAAACAGCUGGCGAUGAAAAUGAGAUAGAUGCUGAAGAGUGGGGUAAAUUUCUUCACACCAAAAAUAAGAUCUAUACAGAUUUUGAUGAAAUUCGUCAGGAAAUAGAAAAUGAAACUGAGAGAAUUUCAGGAAAUAAUAAGGGGAUCAGUCCUGAACCUAUUCAUCUUAAGAUUUUUUCAUCUAAUGUUGUAAAUCUGACUCUUGUGGAUUUACCUGGAAUGACAAAGGUGCCUGUUGGUGAUCAGCCUAAGGACAUUGAACUUCAAAUAAGAGAGCUAAUCCUUCAAUUCAUCAGCAACCCAAAUUCAAUUAUUCUGGCAGUCACAGCUGCUAACACAGACAUGGCCACGUCAGAAGCACUUAAAAUUGCACGGGAGGUGGAUCCAGAUGGUCGAAGAACCCUUGCUGUUAUCACAAAGCUGGAUCUCAUGGAUGCUGGCACUGAUGCUAUGGAUGUGCUAAUGGGAAGAGUGAUUCCAGUCAAACUUGGCAUCAUUGGAGUAGUGAACAGGAGUCAGUUGGAUAUUAACAAUAAGAAGAGUGUAGCUGAUUCCAUUCGUGAUGAGUACGGUUUUCUUCAAAAGAAGUAUCCUUCCCUAGCCAAUCGAAACGGAACCAAGUAUCUUGCUAGGACACUAAACAGACUACUGAUGCAUCAUAUCAGGGAUUGUUUGCCAGAACUGAAAACCAGAAUCAAUGUUUUAGCUGCUCAGUAUCAGUCUCUACUAAACAGCUAUGGGGAACCUGUUGAGGACAAAAGUGCCACUUUAUUGCAGCUUAUUACCAAAUUUGCCACAGAAUAUUGUAACACUAUUGAAGGAACAGCAAAAUACAUAGAGACUUCAGAGCUAUGUGGUGGAGCCCGAAUCUGUUACAUUUUUCAUGAGACCUUUGGAAGAACUUUAGAAUCUGUUGACCCACUGGGUGGCCUUAACACAAUUGAUAUUCUGACUGCCAUUAGAAAUGCUACUGGUCCCCGCCCUGCCUUGUUUGUUCCUGAAGUUUCAUUUGAAUUGCUGGUAAAAAGGCAAAUCAAACGUUUAGAAGAACCUAGUUUGCGCUGUGUGGAGCUGGUUCAUGAAGAAAUGCAGAGGAUUAUCCAGCAUUGUAGUAAUUACAGUACACAGGAAUUGUUGAGGUUUCCUAAAUUGCAUGAUGCCAUAGUUGAAGUAGUAACCUGUCUUCUGCGUAGAAGACUUCCUGUCACAAAUGAAAUGGUUCAUAAUCUAGUGGCCAUUGAGUUAGCUUAUAUCAAUACUAAACAUCCAGACUUUGCUGAUGCCUGUGGCUUAAUGAAUAACAACAUAGAGGAACAAAGGCGUAACAGGUUAGCCCGGGAAUUGCCUUCUGCUGUGCCACGAGACAAGGCUGCUCCUGGAGUGGGAGAUACGUCUCAGGAGCCUGGAACGGGCAGCUGGAGAGGAAUGCUCAAACCCUCUAAAGUGGAAGAGGUACUGACAGAGGAAAAACCCAAGCCAGCUGCUGCCCUGCCUGCUAGUCCUCAAAAAGGACAUGCUGUAAACCUAUUAGAUGUGCCUGUACCUGUUGCACGCAAACUUUCUGCCCGUGAGCAACGAGAUUGUGAAGUGAUUGAACGACUUAUUAAAUCUUACUUCCUUAUUGUCAGGAAGAACAUUCAGGACAGUGUGCCAAAGGCAGUGAUGCAUUUUCUGGUGAACCACGUGAAAGACACUCUUCAGAGCGAGCUGGUAGGCCAGCUGUAUAAAUCCUUGUUGUUGGAUGACCUUCUGACAGAAUCUGAGGACAUGGCACAGCGCAGAAAAGAGGCAGCUGACAUGCUAAAGGCCCUGCAGCGAGCCAGUCAGAUCAUUGCAGAGAUUCGUGAGACACAUCUUUGGUGAAGGCUGUACCAGCCACACUAUUUAUAUCCAUUGGAGGUUACAUUGACUUCAAAAUUGCUAGGCAUGGUAUACGGAGUAGAAUUUUUAUUUAUGAACUCUUAUCUGUGUACUGCAACUGUGUAAAUCUGCUCAUGUAAAAACAGUAAGUUUGAUUUGCAAACAGAAAAAUAUGCUGUAUUUUGCAAAAUAAGUCAUAUUUAAUCCACAUAAUAAAUGGCUCUAAAUGUUUCCUUACCAGCUGUCUGGUGCAAAUUAAAGCAGACCAAGUCUACUGUCUCAGUGACAGUCUCAUUGAACUUGGGGAAAAAACAUUCAAGUUCCAGUGCCUGACUUGCUAAACAGGUUGCCUGUGGUUAAGAUGGACGGUGUAGUCUUGUGGCAUAGUUUUAAGCUGCUUUUACAAUAGAAGUUUAAAUACUGUGAAGAGAAGAGAGCACCGAGUAUUUUCUUUCAUGAAUAUAUUGCAUGCACUAUGACAGAUGGAGGUAUCAAUUUUAUAGCACAGUAGAGAUGUCUACCGUAUUACUAUGUAUGUGUGUCCCCAUUUUUUCCCCCAAAUGUUAAAACUGCAGACAAAACUUUAAACUUCAUUUAAUGGAGUAUUAUGUAGGAAGAAUUAGCCUGGAGCUUGUGAACAGUAACAGCCUACUAAAAAGUGGCUGCAAAGUUAUUCAUGUGCACUGAAGCUUGUGUAUAAAUGUUGAGGAUUAUAAUCAGGUACAAGAACACCUUCCCCUUCCCCCUGCCCCCCGGGACCAAGCCCCUGGACCAUCUGGCAGUAAGUCUGUUCUGGCAGAACUGAAAAA